AGGGUCAGUGUGGUGCAAAAUCAUAUUUAAAGGGCAAUCCAAAUCUCUGGCAAAGUGUAUUUGAUUUAGGUACCAACGGUAACCGUUCAACUCACAAAUACUUGAAGAUAUUAAAUAAAAAUUGCUGCACCUGCAAACAGGCAACCAGCUGGUUGAAGAAAGAAUGGCUGAUUUUGAGGCUGCAAAGAUCGACAUUAAAUCGUUGGUAGGUUCCCUAGAUGAGAAGAGAAAGCAACACUCUACAACACCUACCAUGUCAAGCAAGUGUUCCAUCUUCAAAGUUCCACAGAGCCUAGUCGUACACAAUGAAAGGGCUUACAUUCCCGCUGCAUUCACAAUCGGACUCUUGCACCAUCGCUUCCAAACUACUGAGCAGGAAAUUGGAGAAAAAAUCAAAUGGCACUAUUUCAGUCGUCUUCUCAAUCGAAGUCGCACUCCAAAGAAAACAAUAGAGGAACUCAUCAAAUCCAUCCUCAAAAUAAAGAAAGAAAUACGCGAGUCUUAUGAUGUACAGAUCCAUCAGUACUCCAACAGCAUGGAACAAUUUGUAGAGGUAUUGGUUGUUGACGGUUGCUUCAUCGUUGAGUUGCUGUGUAUGGUAGGAGGUGAAAGGAAGACUGAUAAGGACGACCCACUAUAUAGCACCCCUUGUAUGUUCGCAUUUUUAAUGCGUGACUUGUUUUUGCUGGAAAACCAAAUACCUUGGCUGGUGAUCGAACACAUCUUCAAAAUCAUCAAUCCCCAAAUUCCAAGCACAACUCCGUCUCGUCGGUGGCCGCCACAGCGGCAACUGGAUAUACUUGCCGUCAAAUUUACGGAUUAUAUUUUACCUUCUAUCUCUAUAAAUGAUAUAGUCCUUCCAGCACCCAACGUAGCUGAAAGCUGCUUGCAUCUACUCGACCUUUUUAGGAUUUUACUGGGCGGCAGCAUUACAGACCCUUCAGAAGAAUCCCAAUAUCUUCCAUUCUUUGGAGGGUUGAAGACUAAAAUUCCUUCAGCGACAGAUCUUGUGAAGUCCGGAAUUAAAUUCAAGGCCAUCAUGGAUAGAAGCCCUUUGACCAUAAACUUCAAAAAUGGGGUCUUGGAAAUCCCACGAUUUCUAAUUUUACAAACAUCAGAAAUUACACUUCGAAAUCUUGUUAGCUUCGAGCAGUGUUAUCCUCAUUGCCCCCCUCGGGUUUCUUCUUACAUCCACCUCAUGGAUUCCCUCAUUAAAAAUACCGAGGACGUGAAGACAUUGUGCAAGAGCGAUAUUUUGGACAGUUGGUUGAAUGAUGAGGAGGUAACCCAUUUAUUCCACAAAAUUUGCAGCGACACCUGGCUGAGAGAGUUCUGUUACGCUAAGCUCUGCAAGGAUGUGAGAGAAUCGGCACCAUACCAAAAGUUAUAUCCAUAUUAGGACCUAUGUCCUAUGUCCACGGAGCAUACCACAAAUUUACUAUUCGUCGAAAAAUACAACUCUCUCACUCUCUCUCCUCCUCUCUCUCUCUUCUCUUUGCUCUCUAAGCUUCUCUUCUAUACCUCUUGUACAUAUUACAACUUCCUUAACUCUCUAUUUAUAUGGCUGAUAUUUAAUCACAAUUUAAUACAAUAAAUUAUAAAUUUGGGAGGUUAUAAUCA